UCCAUAGCGCGAUUAGAAGCCAUUGAAAAAAAAAAAGAAUUAAAUAAACACAAUGACUAAUUAAUUAUAAAACUAAGCUAAUUGUGUUGGACGUUAACAAGUGUUCUAGUAUGCUGUACGAGAACUGAGCUUAAAUAGCAACACGGAAGACAAUUUUGCUAAAUUUGUUGCUGAACUUAAAUUGAUUUGCCUUUGCCAAAAGCAAAAAAUGAAGCUGCCUACCUGUGCCUGGUUAUUGCUAUUAUGCGCCAUAUGUGGAACAAGCGCACAGCUAAAGUUGGAUGAAUUCGACUUACAAAAUCAGCUGCCGGAUGAGAUCCUAAAAACCAAUUUUAGCUACAAUGAUUUAAAGGAAAUGUUUCGCAACAAAUGCAUAGAAGUUUCCGGCGAGGAACGUGGACCAAGCGCUUAUGCUGAUAUAGAAAGCGGCUUUGUGGUGCUCAGUGAGUGCAUAAAUAAUAUUGUUAAUUAUACAAAAAUGCAACAGGAAAUACAGGAGGCGCGACCACGCGGUGAAUUGGAUGUGGUCUUCAAUAAGUACUGCAAGCAACGUUCAAAUGCCACUGACUGCUUUGAUACGUUUACGGCUAAACUGCUGCCUUGUCUGGAUAAGGAGGAACAGGAAAGUCAGACUGUAUUAAAGCGCAUUGUGCAGAGCCUAUUGAAUUUUAUCUGCCACAAAGAUGGUGAUCAAAUUGCCUUAUUUAUUGCUGAGGAAGGACCCGAGUGCCUUGAAUCUCAGAAGGAUAAUAUACAACAGUGCAUCAACAGCACAUUCUCAUCUUACUUUAAUAAUGCUGAGCUGCAAAAUAAUAUUAACAAAACCAAAACAAUUCCCAAAUUGGUUGUGGGCCAGAAACAGUGCAACGAAAUCAAAACUUUGGAAAAUUGCAUUGUGCGACACUUGGAGCACUGUUCAAAGAUAACACCAGCUAAUCUCAUAGAAUCCAUGUCCUAUUUCAUAAGAAAUGAAACGCUUUGUCGUAACUAUCAGGUAUUAGCCCUAACCGAUGCUAGCGCCGCCGCAUCAUCUCAUCAUUAUACAUUUGCCAGUCUUAUGUUAUUGUUGCUACUGCUCUGCAGCAAGCAGUUAUUUAACUAACCUUUUUUUUGUAUUGAAAUCAAUAUCUCUCGCUAUCUCUGUCUGCUUAUAUAAGUUUAAAAUUUAAGAAACUGAGCUUAUUUUAUUCUGCGUGUCAAACAUUACGUGUAGGCUCUAGACACGUAAUUGAUAUACAUAUGUAGCUUUAUAAUUUUUGUUAGUGUGCACUUGGCAGCUUAUAAUUGCAUGGUAUUAUAUUUUAUUGUAUCUCACUAUAUGAAAUCUCAGAACAAAUAUGCGAAUUUAGUUAAUUCAUUAUUUAGGGAGUUCAGGUAAAAAGUUUUUAUUGCGGUAUUUGUGGCUUUUCUAAAAAAAAAAAAAAAAGGUAGUGAACUUUUUAAGUAACUUGCAUAAUGGAAAUAAAGCAAUACAAAAAAAA